UGUUUGUAUUAUGUGACGUAGAGUAUACCAAUUGCGCAUGCGUGUCUACAGUUCCCACGUGUGAAGCAGACAGCAUGGCGGAUGGAGCAGGAGUUGUGUUGGACCGGGCACAGGUCAAAAAGGCCGUCCAGGCUUUGCAGGCUUUCCUGAAAACCAAGUCGACCGGUGACUCCCUGUUCCUGGACGAGACUCAACAGAUCAGCAUGCUCUUCACCCUCUGGAAGAUCCCCAAAGUGGCACAGUCCAUCCGCAUUCCCUUGCCCCAUGGCCAGCGGUCCGACACAGACGAUAUUUGCCUCUUCACCAAAGAUGAGCCCAACAUGACCUCGGAGCAGACCCAGAGGUUCUAUAGGAAGCUGCUGGAGGAGAAGGGAGUGAAAAACAUCACUGAGAUCAUCCCAUACAAAGCCCUGAGGACGGAGUACAAACCGUAUGAAGCCAAGCGCCGUCUGCUGGGGAACUGUGACUUGUUCCUUUCUGACGACCGCAUCCGCCGCCUGCUGCCAUCCCACCUCGGAAAACAUUUCUACCAGAGGAAAAAAGAGCCGCUGUCUGUGAACCUGCAGAGCAAACAUCUGGCCAGAGACAUCCAGAGAGUCAUCCAGGGCACCAGCUUGAAGGUUACCAACAAGGGCUGCUGCUGCAUGGCCCGCGUUGCCCACGCCGGAAUGACUGCAGAUGAGGUGACAGAAAACAUCGAGGCUGCUGUCCAAACCGUGGCGGCCAAACUCCGCACGAAAGGACCCGUGGUGAAGCUCAUCCACAUAAAGAGUCAAACGUCCGUGUCCCUGCCCAUCUACACCUCCAACCUGAACCACCUCAGCGUGCUGGAGGCAGGGAAACAUGCUCAGGCGUCCAAGAAAGCGGGAGCUGCAGCCAAAAAGCAGGCAAAGAAGAACAAGACAGAGGACGCAAAGCAAACAGAUACUGCUGAAGAGGAGAAAAAUGUGGAGGAGGAAGAAAUCCCUCAGCUGGUUCCCAUAGCGACGCCUAACAAAAAGCCUAAGCUGCAGAAACCAUCCAAAAAGAAGCAGCUGGAGAAGGCACCCAAACCUGCUGCAGCCAAGAAAGGAAGACAAUCGCCAAACAAAAUGACCAAGAAGGCUGGCAAGACUGACUCUAAAGUAAAAAGAAAAGUGCCUAAAGUGAAAUGAUUCUCAGUAGAGCAUCUUUGCACGUUACUCUCUCAACAUGGACAUUUUACACAGUACACAGGACCAGAUUAUUGAUCGUCAAUAUAUUCAUUCUGUUGUCUUUUUUUUCCUUGGAUGAAGCAGAUUAUAAACGUAUCUGAAACUAUCCAUGGCUAUCUUGUGUUCCCUGAGUUCUUUGUAACAAUAGGCCUUUGUCAAAGGAGACGGUUCUAUCAUCACAGGUGGAACUACUAGUACCAAUAGUUUUUUUUUAGUUUUAUUUAAGUGUAUUGAUAAGCCGUGUUAGUGAUAGCAUACACAGUGACAUGCCCUAAAACUAGUAUGGUUUAAACAGUGCAGCCAUAAGACUAAUUAAUUAAUUAGAUGUGCGGUUUUCCUGCCAUGUCAAAAUGUGACUGUGAA